AUUUUCCGUUACUAAGCUUUUGAUAGCGACUGAACAACACGCGCCAGAUCCUUUAGUUGUAAAUCCCCAUUUUUAUUUUCUUAAACCCAAAGAAAGAAAAAAAAGAAGAGAAACGGCCGAAUCUUCAUAAAUUCCGCCAUCUGUUAAGCUCAAUCGCCGCCUAAACUCCGGCGACUCUCUCGGUAGAUCUCUCAAUCCUAACUGUUUUCGUCUAUCUCUCUGUUGUAUCUAAAAGCAGCGACGCCGAUUUGUUCGUUUUCCGGCGGAAGAUAUUUGGUGAUUGAGGUGACUCGGAAGAGAGUGAGAGAGAGAGAUGGAUGAUAGAGGAGGAUCGUUCGUAGCAGUGAGAAGGAUUUCACAAGGUCUAGAACGAGGAAGUGUUUAUCAUUCUUCUUCUGCUGAGGUUGUAGCUGGAUCGGCAGCGUGGUUAGGCCGUGGCCUUUCCUGUGUUUGUGUUCAGGGUAGAGACGGUGACCCUCGUCCUUCAUUUGAUCUAACGCCUGCUCAGGAGGAAUGCCUGCAGAGGUUGCAAAGCCGCAUUGAUGUUGCUUAUGACAGCUCAAUACCUCAGCAUCAGGAAGCUCUAAAGGAUCUUUGGAAACUUGCAUUUCCUGAAGAAGAGCUACACGGAAUUGUAUCUGAUCAGUGGAAGGAAAUGGGUUGGCAGGGAAAAGAUCCAUCGACAGAUUUUAGGGGUGGUGGUUUUAUUUCUCUCGAAAACUUGUUGUACUUCGCUAGGAAAUUCCCGAAAUCUUUCCACGGCCUUCUGCGGAAACAGGUUGGCGAUCGUUCUGUGUGGGAAUACCCCUUUGCUGUUGCUGGCAUCAAUAUAACAUUCAUGCUCAUCCAGAUGCUUGACCUUGAAGCAGUGAAACCACGAAGUAUUGUUGGGGAAACAUUUCUAAGAUUCCUUUCGGUGAACGAGUCUGCGUUUGACCUUCUUUAUUGCAUUGCCUUCAAGCUAAUGGAUCAGCAAUGGCUAUCCAUGCGUGCUUCAUACAUGGAGUUUAACACUGUGAUGAAAUCAACAAGGCGGCAACUGGAGAGAGAGAUUAUGAUUGAAGACAUUACAAGUCUCGAAGAUUUGCCAUCAUACAGUCUUCUCAGUCAAUAGCAAAUAGCUUACCAAAAACUACUUUGUAAGUAGAAAGAUCUAACAGCUCAGAAACCCUAUAUCAAAGCUAAAACAACAGCAGAGCAAGUAAGCAAGCAAAAAAGAAGACAAGGUUUCUCUCUCUCUCGCUCUUCACUCCAUCUUCCUCGAUAUUAGUGUUGGUUCCAUGAAAUUUGGGUUGUUAUUUCUAUGAAACCAGGGUCAGAUUUUGUUUCUUAUGGGGUCAGAUUUUCUAACUUGUGGUGCUUGUAAAACGUUGUUGGUUAGUUGGUGUUUUGGGCUAAUAAAUCAUUUGGUUACAUUUCCACUACUCAGAAGACCCAAAAAAGGACUCUCUCAACAUUUAAUGGCGCGAUCUUGUGUAGCACAUUUCAAAUUUACAAAUAAAAGACUCGUGAUGAGAUUUGUCUAUACUACACAAAAAUUUUGAAGUACGCUUCUCCACCAAAU